GAGUGGAUACUGCCGAACCUCUUCAAUCCCACAAGUCUCAUCAAGACGCACCAUUCUUUGAUGCAAGGCUACAUGCAGAAGCAGGAAGGCAGGCACAUAUGGUCCUCUGCAAAGGCUCUAUGUACAUCGACCGACCAGUCCGUCACUCAGUCAGUCACAAACAUGGUCUGCGUGUUCAUGGGAGAUCUGUUUCGGGGGUCAAACAUGGGGUUUUCUGUCAAGUGGUCGUAGUUAAAGUUCCUGUCAACCCACACCUUCCCGAGAUACAUGCUGCCAGCCAGCAAAAUCAUCAAGAUGGCUGUGUAGAGGCAACAGAGGGCCCACUUCUGCCUCUGCGACCCCUUCUUAGCGUUCAGGUUGAGGCAGAAAGCGACGAAGCCAAUGAUGGGCAAGAAUAUCGCCAACACGCACGUCACCUGAUAUGGAUCAACACACACAUACACACACACACACACAACAACACGCCUUGCAAGUCGGGUGCGCGGUUGCUUCGUUGCUGCCUGCCUCCCUGUCCAUCGGUCUAUCGGUCUCACCUGUUGGCAGAGCGUCCACGACUUGUCAUCUUCGUCUUCUUGUUGCGGCUCCGGCACGAAGCCCAAAGGGAUCACAUGUGCACCAUCCACUAACUGCGGCUGCUCAUACUGCGGCUGAUCACCACUUGACGGCGUCCCGGCUGUGUUUGGGGUCGCCGGCGGCUGGCCGACAGCAGCCGGCAUCGUCUGGGGUGCGCCGUACGCCGGCGGAGUAGCGCUGUUGGCGGAUAUCGAUGGCCACUCGCAGUUGCCGGGCUGAGACUGAGGCGGGGCGAGAGAAGGCUGGUCAACCGAGGGAUAGGCCGGCAUGAUCGAGGUGGCUGACAGUGGCUGGCUGCUGCAGUGCAAGGUUUGUCUGCAAGGUCAAGAGGCGUUGGAUGUCAGUGAUGCACCAAGGCAGAGGGACGAAGAUCUGCUUGGUCGAAUGGCGAUGUCCGUCUGAGAGUGCGGACACGAAGGGCGGGAGACCGGACGGUGAGGGAGGAGAGAGCCAUUGCGG